AUGACGGGGUCGGCUACCGAAAACCGACGCUUCAUCAAUUGUCCCACGGUUAAUGCCCUCAACUUCGAAGAACAGGUCGUUGUAUGUCCCGGGUGCAGCCAGUUUGGUGCGAUGUGCUGCCAGCACCCGAAUGAUGAUUGCCAUCAUCAUAGGCUCUUCUUCGCGGACGGUGCCUGUUUGAAUAAUGGCCGUGGAGGCGCUCGCGGAGGCGUUGGAGUCGCAGCUGCGGAAAAUGAUAAAAACCUUCAUGUCUCAAAGCCUUUCUCGGAUUUGGCCCUGGAACGAGAUGGGAAUCCAAAGCGAACCAACCAGAUCGCAGAACUCAGAGCUGCAAUUGAGGCCGUCGCCUUGAUCGAACGGUUUUACGACUCCUACGGGCCUAACGGAGAGCCAAAUUCCAAACCAGAUAUUCGAAAGCGAAAGCACCAAAAUAUCAGCCGAAGUUCCCCACAAGAACCGCCUCUCUGUGUCAUUGGGAUGGAUUCGCAGUACGUCGUUAAGGGGAUGACGGAAUGGCUUCCAAUUUGGAAAGAGAAUGGGCUCAAAACCAAGAGUGGUUAUGAGCCGGCAAAUCUUAAUUUGUUCUUAUUAUUAGAGCAAGAUAUUUGCAGAGUUGAAAGGAAGUGGGGCGGCGGUAUGGUCAUUUGUUUCUGGUGGAUCCCACGGGGGUGUAACAAAAUCGCAGAUAAAUUGGCGAAGGAUGCUGCAAAGCUUGAUAUCAAUUGA